AACAAUAUUCUCAGCAUUUGCUCUUCUCUAGAUCUACUAGAUCAUCUGAGGGAUUCGACUGAGUCAAGAUGCUGCUGAUCAUUGAAGCUCUUCUUCUCAUUUUAGCUGCUCUAGGACAGGAUCACAGAGCUGCUGCUGCUGUUGAAAAGAAAUGUCCACUGGAUAUGGCACCGAAUUCAGUUGAUGACCAAUAUGAUGGCUGUAGAGAGAAAAUGGCAAAUCUGGUGAAGACAAAAUAUCUAAAGAAGGAAAUCAAAAACUCAACUGAUUUUAAAAUUGCUUGGAAAAAAGGGGAAGACUUUGUCAAGACCCAAAAUGAUAACCUGACAAAGAAUCAUUUAAUUGCUAUUUAUGUGUACAGUGAUAGUAAUGUAUAUAAGCUUUUUAAUCCUGAAAAAAAGUACAAACAAAUGAGAUACAAAUGGUAUUCACUUCACUUUCUGUUAACAGAAGCGAUACAGAUUCUGAAGAAAACACAAAAGAAAUGUUAUUCAACUUUUCGUGGUACCAAAGCUGAAUUUAAUAAGCGUGUUCUGAACAAAGAGGUUCGAUUUGGCUCAUUUGCUUCAUCCUCUCUUGAUCGUAAAAAAGCACAGGUUUUUGGAAAUGUGUCUUGUUUUGAAAUCUACACUUGUACAGGUGCUGAUGUGUCAAAAUACUCUAAGCUUCCUCAUGAGAAAGAGGUGCUGAUUCCUCCAUAUGAGAAGUUUAAAGUCACUGCUGUCAAGACAAGAAAACAGCAGAAAGAUCUCUGGUGUGACACUGUGUUCACUUUGAAAAGCUCCGGAAAGAGAAGUUACCUGAACUGUGCUCUAUUCAAGAAACCACCCAAGACCAUAAUGAAGAAAUAUGUUGUGUGCUGA